UUAGUUAAAAUGGAUGUGUUGGUGGUCUUUGCAUUGUUAGAUUGAUGUUAAUUGUAAAUGGUUUGUACUGAUUGAUUUCUGUGCGUGUGCGCGUGUGUGUGUGUGUGGUAAAAAUGCUUGCUAAACAGUGGCCAAACAUACAAGACAGUAAACUUACUUGGUGGCUAGAUGGAAACACACACAAAACAUUGUCAGCGAUGCUCAGUCUAUCUGAUAAACCAGCACCACACAUAUGUCCUGUCAUCUCAUCCAGUCAGCACCACACAUAUGUCCUGUCAUCCCAUCCAGUCAGCACCACACAUCCCCCCUGUCAUCCCAUCCAGUCAGCACCACACAUACCCCCUGUCAUCCCAUCCAGUCAGCACCACACAUACCCCCUGUCAUCCCAUCCAGUCAGCACCACACAUACCCCCUGUCAUCCCAUCCAGUCAGCACCACACAUACCCCCUGUCAUCCCAUCCAGUCAGCACCACACAUACGUCCUGUCAUCCCAUCCAGUCAGCACCACACAUACCCCCUGUCAUCCCAUCCAGUCAGCACCACACAUCCCCCCUGUCAUCCCAUCCAGUCAGCAUCACACAUACCCCCUGUCAUCCCAUCCAGUCAGCACCACACAUAUGUCCUGUCAUCCCAUCCAAUCAGCACCACACAUAUGCCCUGUCAUCCCAUCCAGUCAGCACCACACAUACCCCCUGUCAUCCCAUCCAGUCAGCACCACACAUACCCCCUGUCAUCCCAUCCAGUCAGCACCACACAUACCCCCUGUCAUCCCAUCCAAUCAGCACCACACAUACCCCCUGUUAUCCCAUCCAGUCAGCACCACACAUACCCCCUGUCAUCCCAUCCAGUCAGCACCACACAUACCCCCUGUCAUCCCAUCCAGUCAGCACCACACAUACCCCCUGUCAUCCCAUCCAAUCAGCACCACACAUACCCCCUGUUAUCCCAUCCAGUCAGCACCACACAUACCCCCUGUCAUCCCAUCCAAUCAGCACCACACAUACCCCCUGUUAUCCCAUCCAGUCAGCACCACACAUACCCCCUGUCAUCCCAUCCAGUCAGCACCACACAUACCCCCUGUCAUCCCAUCCAGUCAGCACCACACAUACCCCCUGUCAUCCCAUCCAAUCAGCACCACACAUACCCCCUGUUAUCCCAUCCAGUCAGCACCACACAUACCCCCUGUCAUCCCAUCCAGUCAGCACCACACAUCCCCCCUGUCAUCCCAUCCAGUCAGCAUCACACAUACCCCCUGUCAUCCCAUCCAGUCAGCACCACACAUAUGUCCUGUCAUCCCAUCCAAUCAGCACCACACAUAUGCCCUGUCAUCCCAUCCAGUCAGCACCACACAUACCCCCUGUUAUCCCAUCCAGUCAGCACCACACAUACCCCCUGUCAUCCCAUCCAAUCAGCACCACACAUACCCCCUGUUAUCCCAUCCAGUCAGCACCACACAUACCCCCUGUCAUCCCAUCCAGUCAGCACCACACAUACCCCCUGUCAUCCCAUCCAAUCAGCACCACACAUACCCCCUGUUAUCCCAUCCAGUCAGCACCACACAUACCCCCUGUCAUCCCAUCCAAUCAGCACCACACAUACCCCCUGUUAUCCCAUCCAGUCAGCACCACACAUACCCCCUGUCAUCCCAUCUAGUCAGCACCACACAUACCCCCUGUCAUCCCAUCCAGUCAGCACCACACAUACCCCCUGUCAUCCCAUCCAAUCAGCACCACACAUACCCCCUGUUAUCCCAUCCAAUCAGCACCACACAUACCCCCUGUUAUCCCAUCCAGUCAGCACCACACAUACCCCCUGUCAUCCCAUCCAGUCAGCACCACACAUACCCCCUGUCAUCCCAUCCAGUCAGCACCACACAUACCCCCUGUCAUCCCAUCCAGUCAGCACCACACAUACCCCCUGUCAUCCCAUCCAGUCAGCACCACACAUACCCCCUGUCAUCCCAUCCAGUCAGCACCACACAUACCCCCUGUCAUCCCAUCCAGUCAGCACCACACAUACCCCCUGUUAUCCCAUCCAGUCAGCACCACACAUACCCCCUGUCAUCCCAUCCAGUCAGCACCACACAUACCCCCUGUCAUCCCAUCCAGUCAGCACCACACAUACCCCCUGUCAUCCCAUCCAAUCAGCACCACACAUACCCCCUGUUAUCCCAUCCAGUCAGCACCACACAUACCCCCUGUCAUCCCAUCCAGUCAGCACCACACAUACCCCCUGUCAUCCCAUCCAAUCAGCACCACACAUACCCCCUGUUAUCCCAUCCAGUCAGCACCACACAUACCCCCUGUCAUCCCAUCCAAUCAGCACCACACAUACCCCCUGUUAUCCCAUCCAAUCAGCACCACACAUACCCCCUGUUAUCCCAUCCAGUCAGCACCACACAUACCCCCUGUCAUCCCAUCCAGUCAGCACCACACAUACGUCCUGUCAUCCCAUCCAGUCAGCACCACACAUACCCCCUGUCAUCCCAUCCAGUCAGCACCACUAGAACUCUUCCCUUGGAAAAGCAUAACACACCCAAGUAUCUAUUCUAAUUGCUCACUGAAGAGAUUAGAAUAUACAGUAACUUUACAUAAACACAUGAUUUAGAUUUAUUUGCAGCUCUGAGUCUGGUACCAUUGACCUGUAUUGCACCUCUUCAUGUGGUUGUCUGUUUCUCAUUUCAGUAAUAUGUAUAAUUAUUUUAUAAUACUUUGUAUUAGUGUUGUUAUUUUUAUGAAUUUUGCUUGUAUUUAUUGAACGUUUGAAGGAAAAAAUAAAAGUUGU